AUGUUUAAACAAGCAGCUGGUGCUACAGCUAUAUCUCUAGGUGCCUUCUCGUUUUUCUGGUUUGGUCGUUCCAGUUCAACGAAAAGUCCUACACAGCCCGCCCCAUCGCCAAUUGGUACCCCUGGUGGUCCCGGUAAAGUUCCCUCAAAGCCACUGGAAAAUACGACGCCGGCCACCCAGUCUUCUAACAUCAAUCCUACGGAUUUCUUCUCGUACUAUGGUUUUCCAGGUCCUAUUCAUGACUUGGAAAAGCACCAGGAAUACGUCUCGGUGUACGAUCGACGCACCAGAAACCCAUAUUAUGUGGUUGAGCAUUUGACUCCAGAGUCUCUUAGAAAAGGACCUACCAAUGGAAACCGAAAGGGCUCAUUUUUCAAAGAGGAUGAAUCUAUACCGGAUAACUUCAGAGCACUUCUAAGGGAUUAUUUCCGUUCCGGUUAUGACAGAGGACAUCAGGCACCGGCGGCUGACGCAAAGUUAUCCCAAGCAGCUAUGAACGAGACGUUUCUUCUGACUAACAUGUCGCCUCAAAUCGGUGAGGGGUUUAAUCGAGACUACUGGGCAUCGCUUGAAUAUUUCUGUAGAUGUCUAACACAGCAGUAUCGAUCAGUGCGUAUCAUCACUGGUCCUCUUUUCCUUCCUAAAAGAGAUCCUGUCGAUGGCAAAUUCAAAAUAACUUAUGAGGUCAUUGGUAACCCACCAAAUGUAGCUGUUCCAACGCAUUUCUUCAAGUUGAUUAUCGGCGAGAAGUCCUUUAAAAGAGAUUCAGAGUCUAAAGAGGUUGCUGUGGCUGCAUUUGUACUACCAAAUUCCAGAAUUCCCAAUGAGGUUCCAUUAUCUUCAUUUCAGGUUCCAAUAGACGCAUUAGAAAGGUCGUCCGGUUUAGAACUUCUCAAAAGGCUACCUGAUAGCAAUAAGAAGAACUUAUGUAAAGAAGUUCACUGUGAAAUCAUAGUGAGAGACUUCACGAACAGUGUCAAAGCACUUCCAGCUCCAAAAAAGUAG